ACUGAUAAAAGGCGACAUUUUGUUGAGAUGAUUUUAGUUAUUGACCCAAUCUCUGGUAUUUUGAGGUUAAUAUGUUUUUUACAGUCUCAAAUAUCCAGCGGUCCUCAAAUUAGAGUUGCCUGUUAAACAGUUUCUCAAGUAUCUUUCAGGAUUGUAGUCACUUUGCGGGCUAAUCGCUCACCAGGUGUCCGUGGCUGAUCCCAGUUAUUCUGAUUAACCUCUAAGGUGAUUGUGAGGCUUUAAACCCUCUCACCUGUAGCCGAUCAAGCCAGCUCAAGUCAACAUCCCGGGCUGUGAACCCGCGAUAAGGUCGGAGGGGGCCUCCGUGGAGAAUAGAUGGGGAAGUUCUCUGGGGCGGGCGCAGUUUGCCGCUGAUUCUGAGAAACCGAAACUCAGCUGUUAAAACCGCUGCCUCUGCACUUUGGAAUCCCGUCCGGAGACUCGCUAAGCGUCCCAGUCGCAUCCCUCCCGCAGCGACGGCGGCCCGGGACCCGCGGGCUUGAACCAUGUACACACGCAGCAGAGUGGUGAGCUCCGGGCUCGGCGCCUCCCCUGCCUCCCGCCCGACCCGGGACCCCCGGGGCCCUUACGGGCGGCACGGGGAUCUGGGCCCGCUGGAAGACCGGAGACAGGGUUUGGAGGCAGCCCCUGAGAGCCCUUCGCGGGAGAGCAUCGUGCACGCGGGCCAGAGACACACAAGUGCAUAUACCUUGAUAGCACCAAAUGUAAACCGGAGAAAUCAGAUACAAAGAAUUGCGGAACAGGAGCUGGCCAACCUGGAGAAGUGGAAGGAGCAGAACAGAGCUAAACCAGUUCACCUGGUGCCCAGGCGGCUAGGUGGAAGCCAGUCAGAAACUGAAGUCAGACAGAAGCAACAACUCCAGCUGAUGCAAUCUAAAUACCAGCAAAAGCUAAAAAGAGAAGAAUCUGUAAGAAUCAAGAAGGAAGCUGAAGAAGCUGAACUCCAAAAAAUGAAGGAAAUUCAGAGAGAGAAGAGCAAUAAACUGGAGGAGAAAAAAAGACUUCAAGAAAACCUGAGGAGAGAAGCAUUUAGAGAGCAUCAACAAUACAAAACCACUGAGUUCUUGAGCAAACUGAACGUAGAAUCGCCAGACAGAAGUGCCUGUCAAAGUGCUGUUUGUGGCCCACAAUCCUCAACAUGGGCCAGAAGCUGGGCUUAUAGAGAUUCUCUAAGGGCAGAAGAAAACAGAAAAUUGCAAAAGAUGAAGGAUGAACAACAUCAAAAGAGUGAAUUACUGGAACUUAAGCGGCAGCAGCAAGAGGAAGAAAGAGCCAAAGUCCAGCAGACUGAACACAGGAGGGUAAAUAAUGCUUUUCUGGACCGACUCCAAGGCAAAAGUCAACCAGGUGGCCUCGAGCAAUCUGGAGGCUGUUGGAAUAUGAAUAGCGGUAACAGCUGGAGCACGCUGGGAAAUGGCAGCAAGAGAAAAAAUUUCGUAACCACAGGGAGGCCUGCUCAGAGGGCUGUGGAGAUAACAAUGAACUUGAUGGGCCACUUAAGCAGGAUUCUUCUAGAAAUCUACCCUGCAGUUUCAUCUUAGAACCCGCUAUGACAACCAGCUCGUCUAAGAAAUUUGUAAGCAUCUUACUCUCUUUCUGCUUAAAAUAGCUAGAGUGGUUUGUUAUUUGCUACUGAACCUCAUUGAUAUUUUAGCAAAGUCUUGAUAUCAAAACCUGACAAGGGGAACAUGAGGAAGAAACUCUGCAGACUAAUUAGGCUCAUGAGCAUAGAUACAAAAGUAGUAACUAAAAUAUUAGCAAUGUGAAUUCAGGAAUCCGUAAAAAAGACAACAUAUGACCAAGUUGGGCACAUACCAGAAAAGCGAAGUUCAGCAUUAGAAAAACAGCUUAUUUAAACACCAUAUUAACAGAUGAAAGUCUUUCUCAAUAAAUACAUAAAAAGCGUUUGAUAAAAUGCUAUCAGGAAACUAAAAAUAACAAAUGUGAAACAACAGGAAACUCAAUGGCAGAAUGUUACAUUUCUUUUAAAAACAGCAGCAAGACAAAUACACCCACUAUUACUACUUAGAUGCAAUGUAUUGGUAAAAUUUUCAGAAAGCAAACACAAGAAAAAUAAAUGAUAAUUAUAAAGACGAGAAGCAGGAACAAAAAUUUUGUUACUUAUAGAUGAAAUUAUUGUAGAAAAACCCGUAAGAAUGUAGGGACAAAAAUUAAAAUAAGUAAGGGAGCUCAGUAAGUUUGCUGGAUAAAGCUCAAUAUACAUUACUCUAUUAAAUAGAAAAAAUAUGUAUUUAAUUAGCAGCAGUAAAAUUACAAAGUGUAUAAGAAUAAGGCAAAUAAAGUAAAAAGACCAAUAAGAACAAAAUAUAGCAAUUCUAUUGAAAGACCCUAAAGAAGCUAGAAAUGAAUGUUGAACAUAUUUUAGUUUAAUGUUGAAAUGAACAUAUUCACAACACUGAACUUUUCUAUAGAAAAACAUGUUGAAAUACCAUGUUUUGUACCAGUGUUGUAAAUACGUCAGUUCUCACCAAGUUCAUUUGCAGUUAUAAAGAAAUUUCAAUCAAAAUCUCAACAAGAAUUUUUACGGAACUUUCUAAGUAUAUUUUUAAAAUUUGCAAGAAAGAACAAAGUAUUAUAAAUAGUCCAGAUGCUCUUAAAGAAGCAUAAGUUGGCAAGGUGUAGAGUUAAGGGUGGAAGAGGCUUGGCUACUUACAAGCAUUAAAAACUGGUAAUUAUGUUAGUAGAUAUUGGCAUGGUGGUAGUAAGUAAUCAAUGCAGCAGACAGGAAGCUUAGAAACAGAUAAACUAUAUAUGAAAAUCUGAUACAGAGCAGAAAUGGCACUGUAGAUUAUUAGGAUAUGAAAAACUAGAAAAUUAGACCCAUACUUCACAUCAAUUUCAAAUGUAACAGCAAUUUAAAUAUGAUGGGCAAAACUUCACAACUUUUCUAAGAAAAUGUAGAAUAGCUAACAUUUGUAGUUAAAAAGUAUUUCUUGACCAACACACAACAAGAAGUACAUUUUGAUUCUGGAAUUACUUGUUUAUUAAAUAUUUGUUUGAACUUCCAUGUAAAACUGUCUGAUCCUGGGUUUCCCUUUAUGAAAAAUUUUAAAAUUGGCGUAAUUUCUUUUAUGGAUAUGGGUGACAUUGAUUUCUAAUUUAAGCUCAUUGAGAUCAGCAAAUGCAGAUUCUGAUAGGAGUCUUUAAAAUUUAUUGAACCUUUCCUUAUUUAGUCAGUUUUUAAUAGACAUUCCAUGCAUUCUUGAAUAGAAUGUUCUAUAAAUGUACAUUAAAGUAGGAGUUAAUAAUUGGUUUACUUAAAUAUUCCAUAUACUUACUGAUUCUUUGCUUGCUUGGUCUAUGAAUUAUUGAAAGAUGUUAGAAUCUUUCACCAUAAUGGUGGAUUUAUCAUUUUUUUCUUUCCAUUUUA